UAGGCUGAGCAGCAAGCAUAACACCCAGCGAGCCUCAAGUUCUGCCUAAGUACAAGUACCUACUACCACGCCUACCUUACGAUUUGAAAGCUACAUCUAAACCCAUCAUCCCACUUGAAUCUUUCUUUCUCUCCCAACUUCUCAAAAGCCACUUCCGUUGUGAUAUGCGGAUCUAACAUCAACAACCACAUCAGCACAUAAAACCCCAUCGCUAUUUCACCAGCAGUUACAGACUUGCACACCCCCGUGCAUCUCAACCUCAACCAUCCGGAAUGUUUAAUCCGUGGAACGCUGGCGGUGGCGAUUAUCGUGGGAGCCUCCGAGCGCCUCGCGCCCAACGCUUCGACGAAUACUACCGCUGCUACCCCCUAGCCAUGGCGCCUGGCUCAGAGCGACCAGAACUGAACUACGGCUCUAAAAUAUUCUUGCCUCCCUCCGCUCUCGACAAAGUAUCGAGGCUCCACGUUCAGUGGCCUAUUAUGCUGGAACUGGUCAACGGGGAAUCGGGCAAACACACACAUGCAGGCGUCUUAGAGUUCGUGGCAGAGGAGGGCAGGGCAUACAUCCCACAAUGGAUGAUGCAAACACUCCAGCUUGAUGUCGGCGAUAUGAUCCAGGUCAAGACCACGUCUCUCGAGCUAGCUAAAUUAGUCAAGCUGCAACCCCAGUCGGUCAACUUCCUGGAGAUUACCGACCCCCGUGCCGUCCUCGAGAAGGCAUUCCGCAACUUUGCCGCCCUGACGAAGGGUGACGUCUUUAAUUUCGAGUACAACGACGAGAUCUACGAUGUCGCCGUUCUCGACGUGAAGCCCGAGACAGAGAAGAUGGGUGUCAGCAUGAUCGAGACCGACGUCAGCGUCGAGUUUGCUCCACCAGUCGGCUAUGUCGAGCCCGAGAAAGCGCCGCGGGGCAGCGGCACCAGCACACCUCGGAGUACCCGCGGUGGGAUGCCGCCCGGGGGCUUGCUCCAUAACCAAGGCACCAUGGCCCAGGCGAUCAACUACAACGCUAUCGCGCCGGGCUCGGCGGCGGCCUCGGCAGGGAAAUUUGCCGGGGAGGGGCAAAGGCUGGGCUCUAAAAAGGGCGGCAAAGGCUCGACACCCAAUCCCGCAACGCCCGUGGCCGACACGUCGACCACAUCCGCUAAGGAAGCUGUCAUACCCAAAUCGCGCAACAACGGCCCUGCACCGCUCCGUCUGCCGCCAAACAAGCUGUUCCUCGGAUACCGGAUCAUAUGGGUCAAGACGGCAGAGGACAAGGAGCGAGAGGAGGCGAAUGCCAAGCAGCCACACUUCGCCGGCCAGGGCCACACAUUGAGGGAAGCAGGGAAGAAAAAGGGCGAGGCUGACGACAAGAGCGGCAAAUGAAGGCUUGACCCAGGAGGUAUUUGGGCGAAGCCUGACUUGAUGGAGGUUGUCUGAUUCACCGAAUUCUAGCGCGAGUAUUCGUAUUGCUUCAGUUGGUGAAUGACUAUCAUGGCGUUAUUAGGAUGGAUGGUUCUGGGCGGGCAAAGGGAACUGCUUUGGGGGCCUAAACUCGGAAUCGGGGGCGGACAGAGGUUUCCGGCGCUUUGCAAUAUUCGCUAUGUUAGUUGAUCGAUCAUUGACUCUCUCCGAUUGGGAAGGGAGUUUGAAUAGCACGACGUCUGGCCCUCUGUUAGCUCGGACUAAAACCUGCAGUCAUCCACCGCGAGACUAUUUGGAGCCAGUAGGUGAUUCACUCAUCACAGUCGUGUCGAGCGAGACUGUUAUACACUAAUACGUCAUGAGGAUCCGUGCAAGGGACCUAGUAGUACAUAUGUUACACAUAUCGAGAGUCGAGACCGUUCAGAAAUCGGAC